AUGCCUUUUUCGAGACUCUGGCUGCCAAAUGAAGUGCUCUCUCUCAUCGGGGAGCGCAUCAACGAUCACAGUGACCGCUACGAAUUACCACUGGUCUCCCACCAGUUCUAUCAAGCGUUCAGUCCACUCCUUUAUCAAGACGUGCGGCUCAGGAAUUGGCGUCAAGCACUUUCAUUCUUCCAGGCAAUCAUACAAAGACCAUUCCUUGCAUCCACAGUUCGCGAGCUAGACGCAAGUGGAUGGCAAGGAAGCCCGGUGCCUCAGAGUGACUGGCCGUCGCUGCACGAAUGCCCGGCCCUGACACGCCAUAUCCACGGCAUGACCCAUUCAUUCGAAGAAUUGGUUUCCUGGACUGAUCAUCUGCUCCAGGGUCGCUCUGACGUCUGGGUGGCCUUGGUGCUGCCUCUGCUGAGCCACCUAGAGAAACUCUCACUGGUUUGCUCUGCAUCUCCUCGUCACUUGACGCGUGUCUUGCAACGAGGUAAUCCCGUCGACAAGUCUACCGCCUCACAGGCAAUACUUUGCCGUCUACGAGCCGUGUCGGUGUUCCACCAGAACAACUCUGCUAGCCAGAUCUUCGAGGAGCAAAGUGACCACAAUCAGCCUGAGGUCCUAUCAUCUUUCAUGCAAUUGCCUUCCAUGCGUGCAGUCGUUGCAGACUCUGUCGUGGAAUCCCAAGUCUCAGGAGAGGAGAUCACGUCUCCGGCCACAAACAGCCUCCAUCAAAAGAUGCUAAGCACGCCAUCGAUCACGGAGAUUGACCUGCGCAACAGCUGUGGGAAUGAGGGGAUGAAGUCAUUGUUAUUUGGCUGUACAAACCUGAAGUCUUUCAAAUAUCAGCAUUCUGAUCAGCAUCUUGCAUCCCAUGGCUUCCAGCCAGCACGUUUGCGACGUUGGUUGUCGCCCAGCAAAGAAUCAUUGGAAACAUUGUGGCUUGACCAGUACGGAGAUCAUUAUGCUUUCACUGUGGCCGGUCUCAACCAAACCCAGGACGAAUGGUUUGGGUCCUUGGCCGAAUUCUCCGCACUGAAAGACGUUCGCAUCCGGUUACCGAACCUGCUCGAUAUUCAGUAUCAGAAUCCGCCGAGCCAUUCUCUUGUGAGCUGCUUACCUCCAACGCUUGAAAUUAUCCUUAUCGAAGGCUGCGCAGAACGCCAUGUAUCGAUGCUUGUCUCUGAAUUGCAGUCUGUCAUUAAAAUCCGUCACACACACUUCCCCCGUAUCCAAUUGUUGGGACUGGAGGGCCCGUUUCAGGCUUUGUCAACAGACGAAGAACAAGACGCAGUCCAGCUUCCAGGGCAGUCUAGAGCCCUCUGUUACAGUAUCAAGCCAAAGGUCCUACAGGCUGUAGAGCCUUUGCACGAGGAUUGUGUUUCUGCCUCGAUCGCAUUCCAUCUCCACGACCGCAAACUUGUAUCAAAGGCAGACGAUGGCUGGACACCCUGGGCCGGUGUUUUCCCUCCACCUUGA